UCCACGAUCGAUCUUGCUGAAGCUGAAGUGAAGUCCGAAACGUUCAAGCCCUCUCUGCAAGAAGCUACACCUGCAUUUAGCGCCAAGAUGAAGCUCCUCCUUACAUUGAUGACUCUGGCCGCCGUGGCCCUCUUCGGUCUCCCGGAAGCUACAGGGCAAUGCGCAUGCUCAUCUGGCUGGAGCAGCUUCGCCGGUAACUGCUAUCGAUACUUCACGCAAAAGGUCAACUGGCAAGCCGCUCAAAACGCAUGCCAAGGCUUGGGGGCGAACCUCGUCUCGAUGCACGACGAAGCCGAGAACACAUUCGCAUACGCACUCAUUUUGACCGACGGUUGUGACGCGCCAACGGGCGAGGAUGGCUUUGCUUGGAUCGGAUACCAUCAACCGAACGGACCCUUCGUUUGGUCUGACGGUUCUUCCAACGACUACACGAACUGGGCCGAAAAUCAGCCGGAUAACUACAAUCACGGAUACGCCACAGAGGACUGCGGUCACUUGCGUAACGUUCCAUCCGGAUCGUGGAACGAUUUUCCCUGCAACAAACAAAUCGGAUAUAUCUGCAAGAAGUGAUCCGUGGCUUAGCCGGUUCGUCGUCUAUCCGAACCUCCACCUCACUAACCAGAUCGACUACAGACGUCUUCUUCUUCUUCUCCUUGUUAUCGUUUUUCUUCUUUUCUGCUUCUUCUUCUU